AUGGGAUCCGAGUAUGGAAUUGUUCGACCUGGGUAUUCUAUGUUAUCCACAUAUUCGUCACUACCUCCUGGAGUCAAACGGGAAUAUUAUUUUCGACGAAAUAGUCCGCAAUGUGAACAACCAUCGGUCGAACGACAUUCAAACAGCCAAGCGAUGGGUGUGGUUGCAAACGUUAACGAUAAUUGGUGGCAAAAGACAGCGGACGAUCUCGUAAAUGUGGCAAAAGUUGCUGGCCAAAUUGUAAAGUUGGUUUUGAAACAAUCCAUUGAACCGGAUCGACUGGGCUUUGUUGUCUGUUUCGAUGAAACAUAUUCGGCUAGAAAAUUCCAUGAUCUUAUUGAUUCAUUGAAAGCGUUCGGUGGGAUACAAAUGACAUGUGACAUUUAUCAGGAGACCCCACGUGUAGAAUGA